AUGGGGCCUAUAUGGGAAUGGGAUUGGAAAAGAAGUCCAAAUUCGGAUGAAGAAUGGGAACAAUUUAAUAGUUUGGGUAAAAAACUUUCUUUGAUACAAAUCAGACAUACAGAGGAUAAAUGGUACUGGGGUGAGCAACCAGCUGGUGGUUUUUUUACACCGGAAGUUAGAGCCAAAAUUAUAGGAGGCGAGUCGAUUGAAGUUAAUAUUUCAAAUACAUUUUGGAAUAACUUCAAAAUAAAUUCUUUUGUGUGGCGUGCAAUUCAGAAUAGAAUUGCAAGUAAACAUGAACUGGCGAAAAGGGGAGUGAUUCUAGAAAAUCAAAACUGCAGGAGAUGUGGUGGAGAGGAAUCUUCAGCUGAUCAUAUCUUGGUGGAAUGCCCAGCUUCGAGAACUGUGUGGUGGUUAGUCUUAUUAUGGAUUAAAUUCCCAAUGCAUAAAGAUGAAUGGAAGAUUUUGGAUGUGCUUAAAACUGUGGAGGAGAUGAAUGGACCGAAAGGCUGGAAAAAAAUAGUGGGUGUGAUUAUUAGAACAACGCUUUGGUUUAUUUGGAAAUCCAGAAAUGAUGUGGAGUUCAAUAACAUUUCUCUUGCUUCGGAAAGAACAGCGGAUCUUAUUAAAGAAAUGACAUACAUCUGGAUUACUAAUAGAUCAAGGUAUAAGAAGGGGUCAAUUGGGAGAGGUGGAAAGAGUUUAACAUUCGUGAUGUGA